AACAAACCUAUAAUGAUUUUAAUAAUUUUUACAAAAGAUUACUUUAGUUAAUAUUUGUGUUGUUAUGUUAUGGGCUAACCAGGCUAGCACAGACCCCAGGAACUAAUUUCAACAACAUUUCAUUCAUGAGAAAUGCUACCUUUUAGAUUUCAUUAUGAAGUAGGGAAAUCCAAUAUGUGUGAUGAAUGUGUUCCAGCAUGUCAAAAAUACAGUACUAGCAGGAAGUAAUGCAAGGAAUUCUCAUAAUACUUCAAUGAGAUCUUACCAGUUGAUUGAUAAAACCAAUGCCAAAGCUAAAAUAGUCAAGACUAAGACGUGUAUGGAAAAGUUUAUGAAGCUCAUGAUUAUAACUCCUGUUAAAAUCACAGCAAAAAAGAUCACAUUCACAGCAACUAGAAGCCUCGUAUUUACCCCAGGUUCAAGAAUCGAUUUAGCGAUUGCAUCAAGCAUUUUAAUUAAGUAUCUACGUUGAUAAAAAUAAUCAGAUAUAAGAAACACGUGAGAUUGCUCAAGACUGCUUAUACUCCUUAGGUACUUUUACCGUAGUAUGUAUUCCUAAGUAGGGUUUUUAUUCCUAUAUCGAAGUGAAUAUCUCAAUAAAAAUGUGGAACGAAUUAUGUCUCAAAACCUGAUCUUUCUUUGUGAGUAACAGAGUAAGGUGUUUUUAUAAACUGGAACAAAAUGCAUGUUUUUUUCGUUGCAAAGGAUGGAUGGGGGGAUGAACAAAUGCUCUCUCAUGUGGGUCUCUUGCUCGUAGGGUGUUGAGAAACAAACUCCGUGGGGUACAUAUUUCGUAUGUAUAUAUUUGAUCGCAGCUUAAACGUGCGAUUUGUCAAGACAAGUUUUCUUAGCAAAACACUUCCGGAUUCCUCACGGAGGUGGCACUUUUUCUCUUGUCUGAGAGUAAAUGGUCCCAAACACGACUUCUUUGUGGCGUAGCUAGUUACCGUCAUGGACGAUCGAAUAGAAAACAGCGAUAUUAUUCACGGCAUAACACAGGACGUGUUUCAGCGGGUAAUAGAUUUGGGGCCGCAACUUCGUGAGUUCGUAGCGUCAGCAAAACAAUAUCAUAAAGCUUUGCUUAACGCUUCUGUCGCUGCCAAUUCUUUCUAUCAAGGCUUCACUAAAAUUGCCCGUUUGGCGUCAGAAACCAAAGGAUCAAAUAAACUAUUAGGGAAAGGAAUCUGUGAUAUCAUAGCAGUUCACAAACAGAUUGAAAACCAAGCUAGCCAUGUUUUCAAAGCUAUCAGUCAGGAUUUUGUUAUUCCCCUUGAAGAUUGGAUUGAAAAUAACAUUGGUCAAACUAAGGUCAAACAAAAAAAUUAUUUGCAAGAAAGCAAAACCGCUUUAGAGCUUGUUGAAAAGUCAAAAUCAGAUCUCACUAAAGUGAGGAAAAAAAGUCAGAGGAGCAAGACAAGCGACAAAUAUGACAUGAAAGAAAAACAGAUCAUGACUGCUUUUGAACAAUAUGAGACAAAAUUGGAUGAGUUAAGAGUAUCAGGCUGUCAUGAGGCGAUAAGAGCUGAACGAAAUGCAUUUUCAUUUAUUAUUGAAAAAAUGUCUUCUGUUUCCAAGAUGGAUCUUGCUCAUCAUGAAAAGGCAAAUAACCUCUUGAGUUCUCGCUUACCUAUCUGGGAAAAUCUAUUGAGAAGACCAUUAUCUUUGGAUCUCGAUGUGACGUCACUAGCGAAGCAACUCACGAAGAAUUCUAUCUAUGAUAAAAGUCUGGAUGAGCAUUUAUCAGGAGACGAUGUACCCCAAGCACCAAGCCAACCUCCAGUUGACCAGAGCAAAUUAUUGGACAAAAGAUUAUCACAUCAGUUCACUGUUGGAUCCAGCCCCUUGAAACAAAAUGGAAUGACCAAAGAUAAUGAUAAAGCUAAAGAAAGAAUCAAUGGGCCCAAAGUGCAAGCCAUGUACGCACACGAGGCUGCAGAUUCCACCCAAUUAACUUUCGAGGAGGGUGAUGUGAUAAAAACGUUAACAAUUGUGACAGCAGGAUGGCAGUAUGGAAAUAAUGCAAGGACAGGAGAGUCAGGCUGGUUUCCUGUUGCAUUCACAGAAAAUUACUCUGGAUCAGUUGUGGCAAGCAACACCAAUCCAAGUCACACGCUACCAACGUCGGGUCCAGUUCACUCACGGCCGACUGUGCUUCCCAAAGUCAAUGGAAAUGUCCCAAAAUCUGAACCACAAGAUGAGCUGAUUAUUCCUGCUAGGGAUUACGGAGUGCCACUGAACGAUGGUGGAAAACAAGUCAACAAAAAUCAUUCUGUGUUAAACCGCGAGGACUCAGGCUCGUCAGGAGUCCAAUCAAUGAACAACUCCUCGUCAUCUCUUGAUACGUCAUCACAAGAUGAACCAUAUUUCCCCCCACCUCCCCCUCCCCCACCACUUCCGACCUUGGAAGAAGACGUGCUGGCCGCAUUCCCACCACCACCCCCUCCUCCCUUGCCACCUAUUUCAGGAAGUUUUGACCAAGCUUUGUGAACUAUGGUCAGACCAAACUAACCAGCAGAGAUAUGACGUCGUCGCGUAUAUGACGUCACGAAAGCCCCGUGAUGUUGAGAACACCCGGAUGUAGCAUUAUGACGAAUGGUAAUGUACUCAUGCACUGUGACUGCAUGUGAGAGAAACAUAAAUGUACUGUAUAUAAUUAUUUGUUAUUUAUCAAUCAUGGAAUAUGAUUUCAUAUUGUUCAUCAA